CUUUAGUUGAGUAGUGUUUGCAUCAUUUACGAUAUUUACAGCUGUGUACGACGUUGGUCGAGUAUAUAGGAAUUAUAUUUAACGUCUGUUUUAUAACAUAUAUACGCUGAGCUAUUUUUUGAUAAGUGGAUCAUAACAACCAGUACAACAAGAUAUCUUUGUAUUAUGCCUCUUUCUGAACAUACAGCAGAGUUAAAUGACCGAAUUGAAGGAUUUAUAACAGAAUUGAGAAAAGGUCAAGUCCUGGGUUCCUAUGAAAUUGCCAAAAAAACAGUGGAUAUUCUUAGAAGACUUGUGUCGCAGACUAGGUGGAGCAAUGCUGGGGAGAUUAUGGAUAUCAUACGGAGGGAGGGGAGACGAAUGAUGGAUGCUCAGCCAUCAGAGGCUAUUGUAGGAAAUAUGGUACGCAGAGUGUUGAAGAUUGUAAGAGAAGAAUAUGCCAGUGCAAGAGGGAAAGGUGAGGAAAACGAUCCACAAGAUUCACUUCAUAAACUGUUGAUGGCUGAAGACAAAACAGAUGAUUUUAGUUUGCCAAGUGUUAACCUUCUGGUCAGAAUUAUAGAAGCCAUAAAUGAAUUUUUAUCAGAGUUAGAAGGCAGCGGUCAUAAUAUCGCAAUUCAAGCGUUAGAACACAUCCAUUCCAAUGAAGUGAUCAUGACAGCUGGAAAAUCUCGAACAGUUGAGGCAUUUCUUAAAGGUGCUGCCAGGAAGAGAAAAUUUCAAGUGAUAGUAGCGGAGUGUGCUCCUUCAUAUCAGGGUCAGGAUCUGGCGGCUAGUCUUGGUAAGGCUGGUAUAGAGACCACGGUGAUAACAGACUCAGCGGUAUUCGCUAUGAUGUCAAGAGUCAAUAAAGUCAUUAUUGGUACACAUACUGUCAUGGCAAAUGGAGGAUUGAAAGCAAUGAAUGGAACACAUGCUAUAGCGCUAGCAGCAAAACAUUAUUCAGUACCUCUGAUUGUAUGUGUACAGAUGUUUAAAUUGUCACCAGAAUAUUUAUGUACUAAAGAUCAGAAAUCUUUCAACAAGCUGGAAACUCCCAACGAAGUUAUGAAAUUUUCAGAAGGACAACUUUUAUCUAAACUACAGAUUGCAAACCCAGUGUACGAUUAUGUGCCCCCUGAACUUGUAACUCUAUUCAUAUCAAAUCUUGGAGGGAAUGCUCCAUCCUACGUAUAUAGACUACUAAGUGAAAUGUACCAUGCUGACGACCAUGAACUCUGACCUUAUUUAACAACCUUAAUGUUUCCUGCUGAUGACUGUAUGAACUAUCUAAUAUUGAAAAUAAAAUGACAUUUGUCUUUUGAAAGGAUCCUUAA